UGACCACCCAAAAAUCGCGGCUGAAAAUCCAGUCAUAUUAUCGACAACUACGACAAUCUCACGCCAGUCACGGUAUUCAUGCACGCCUCCCGCUUUGCCUGGCACAACGACGACCCGGAUUACGAUGCCCUCCCGACCCUCCGGAACCUCAACCUCAGCUACGUCCGCUCCUCGGGCUAUGCCAACCUACGCUGCAUCUGGAUCCUGGGCUGUCCCGUCGAGAUCGCGCCGCACGCCGACGCAGCCCCCGCCGGCCCGGGCGGCGGCGACAGCGACGGUGGCCGCAAGCUCACCACCAAGGAGAUCUUCAAGCAGGCGUUCGAGGAGCUGAUGCCCGGCGUUCAGGUCCCCGAGAAGGUCGGCGUCAGUUGCUGCUCGCAGUUUGCCGUCUCGCGCGAGGCCGUCCGUGCUCGGCCGAGGGAAGACUAUGUCCGCUGGAGGGAUUGGCUGCUGCAGACGCCGCUGGCCGAUGACUUGUCGGGAAGGGUGUUUGAAUACAUGUGGCAUAUCAUAUUUGGCAAAGACGCUGUCUUUUGCCCGUCAGCCGCAGAGUGCUAUUGCAACCUCUACGGGCUGUGCAACUUGAAGUGCCAGGAGAGCACGUGCGAGGGCCGAUAUGUCUUGCCCGAGUUUGCGACACUGCCCGACGGCUGGCCAAGAGUCGGCUGGUCUGGGGAGGAGAGAAACUUUACCGGUUCGGACUGAGCAAUCAUUAUUACAUCGUGAUGCUGCUGUCUUAUUACGCCCCAAGGGCUCGUUGCUGGCCGGUCUUGAGUUGACGCCUUUUCGAUGCGCUUUCUUCGAGAGAAAGGAGCAGUCUGGAGAUUAAUUAAUUAGUAGGAGCGCCC